AAAGUUAGAUAUUAAUUUGGGUAAGUGUUGUAUUUCCCAAAGCUCACACCAUAAUUGGCGUUGUUUCUAAAAUAUUCACGAUUAUUACACCACUUCUCUGCAUCCAUUUCAAUUUUUCUUUUUUCCUCGCCAUGGCAUUCGAUCAGGUUUCCAGCAACAGCUUCCUCAAAGCCUUGCAGGAGCUCAACAACUUAAAGCCUCAGCUAUAUUCAGCUGCAAAAUACAGCGAAAAGUCGUUGCUGCACAGUGAACUGAAGCAGAUGGUACUAGACAACCUGAAAGAUUAUGCUGUACAGGCUCUUGUUAGUGUUGCUGAUCACCUUGGCACUGUGGCUUACAAGUUAACUGAUCUUCUUGACCAGCAAACGUUGCAAGUGUCAACCAUAGAGCUAAAAGUAUCUUGUUUGAAUCAGCAACUACUUAUGUGCCAAACAUACAUGGAUAGCGAAGGUCUCAGGCAGCAAAAGUCGACGGAACUUACCCCAAGACAUCAAAAGCACUACAUUUUACCAAAUUCUGUCAUCGAGAAGGUACAUUUUAGUCGACAUGUACAAACAAAUCCUAGCCAAAACUAUUUCCAGGCUAAAUGGCUUCUUGCUUCAGAUACUCCUGCAUCAAAACCACUUUCAUGGCACUUAGCCUCAGAAACAAAAUCUACUUUGAAAGGGAUUUCACAAACUUUGGGGAGCAACGGAAUCUUCCAACCUCCUAGCAAUGCUUCUGGGAAUUUCCAGUUAUUGGGUAUGCUUGUUACAUCAGUAGCUCAUAUUACUGUUGUUACAUAG